UUGGUCUGGCGGGCUGGACAAGCCGCAAGGUCGGCCCCCACCGAGCGGCCAUUGGCUCCACGGCAGGCGGGCCUGGGCGCGUCAGAGGCGGAGUCUGGGGAGGUGGUGGCUCCAGGGGUGGCGCUGAGCGAGAGGCGGGGCCCGCCCGCCCGCGGGAGCCCUGCAGAGUGGGGCCCGGGGAUACCUCCGCUGCUCCAGUUGGGCUGCGGUUCUGGGCGCAUCCACUAGCCGGCGCUGACGUCGAGUCAUAGUCACAUCGCAGGCGGUCUGGGCGGGCGGGGGGAGAAACGCAUCUUUGCCCCCAGAGAAGCCUCUGGCUUGCAGUGGUCUCUUCCUAUUUCCCCCGGUACUUUCGCGGGAUGGAGCGGUCCAGCGCCCCAGGCUUCCAGGAUCGGAGAGUUCUCCUUGGAAGCACCCCCAGUCCGCCGGAUUGAGUUGCCCAGUGAAUCACGUUGGGGUCGUGCCGCCCAUCAGGGGCCGGGCUUCAUCUGUCCACCCCCAGGCUCUUGGCUCUCUAAAUUCCUGGGAGGUGGUACUCACCUGGUGGUGGGGGUGGUUGUGGUGGUGGUGGUGGUGGUGGAGGGCGGGUACUGCCAGGGGGAGAAGCGACCAGACAUCCAGCUGAACAGCUUCGGUUUCUAUACCAAGGGCUCUCUGAAGGUGAACCUGAGCCUCCCGUGGCUGGAGCUUCAGGAAACGAAAAAGAAAAUCCCUUUGGGGAGAGGCUUUGAGGAGUUUGCUGGAGGAGGUUCUGCUCCUCACCCAUAUGAUCUUGAACAAGCUGUCCCCACCACUCAGUUCCACAAUAUAAUUGGCUUGAGGACCAAGGAAGGCCAAUAUAGUCUCAGUUUUCACAACUACUACAAUUUGAUGCAGGGACAGGAAUGCCUACUUGAAAUCAUGUUGAAUAUGAUCCAGGAGAAGAACCCAGAGGGCUUCCUAUUAGCAUUGGAAAUUCCUUUCAAGCUCUAUCUGGUCCUGUCUGCCUGUUUCCUGGCCACUGGCAAUUUUUGGGUAUCUGUCAUCUGCAAGAUCAGGUACAGUGUCUUUAAGAUCCACUCGCUCAUGGUGGCCCUGGCUUUCACUAGGAAUAUCUUGCUUUUUUUCCACCACAUCAACUACUACUUCAUCAACAGCCAGGGCCACCACAUCAGCCUUGCAGUCAUGCAUUACAUGACACACUUAUUGAUGGGUGCCCUCUUGUUCACCAUUUCCUUGAUCAGCUCUGGCUGGGCCUUUGUCCAGUGCAUGCUGUCCAACAAGGAGAAUCUUGGGAUCAUGAUCCUGAUUCAGGUCCUGGCUGACCUGGCCUACAUUGUCAUCACAUCCUAUGAAGAGGGUGUCAGUGACCGUGGGCUUCUAUUUCUGGUAGAUCUUAUCUGUUGUGAUACCAUCCUUUUUCCUGUGGUCUGUGGCAGUGAACCUGGCCAAGCUGAAACUGUUUCAACAUUACUAUGUCAUGAUCAUCUGAUGCAUCUACUUCACGAGGAUGAUCUCUAUCCUGCUGUGGGUGGCCAUGCCCUUCCAGUGGCUGUGGCUGUACCAGGUGAGUACAGAGUCCUGGGAGGGGUGGAAAUGUGGGCUAGACAAUGGAGAUGGAGACAGGGGUAGGUAACUGACACUUCUGCUUGGACCCCCCUGCCCCAAGCCCAUCCCCCAACUCUUGCUUGAAGACUCCACUCUCACCUCUCUUUAUUCACCACAGGUUACAAGUGCUGCAGGCAGGCAAUAAUCCCUGCAAGUGUGAGCUC